AUGAAUUUGGUGAAAUUAUAUGCAGUGAAUUUCAACAAAAAUGCUCUCAAAACUGCACUAAGCGGUCGGACCAUUUAUACCAGUGUACGCUUGUUGGAUAAAACCUUCUAUGAAAUUCUUCGAGUUGCCCCCGAUGCUAGUCAAACGGAGAUAAAGGAAGCUUAUUACAAGCUUUCCAAGGUAUACCAUCCUGAUAUUGCUCAAGAUGAGAAUUCAUUGAAAAUGUUUCGUAGUAUAACUGAGGCGUACGAUGUGCUUGGAAAUGUCCGAACUCGUUUGCAAUACGAUAACGAAAGCGGUAUACAAUCCGUCGCCGAAGAAGUGACAUUUCAUCCGUCUGGUCAUAAAGAUCAAAAUGAAUGGAGAAAACUAGCCCCUGACUUCGAUAAAAUCUUAGCAAGGAAGCCAGUUCAAGAACAAUGGGAAGAUUUGCAGUAUAAAGAACGUCGUAUCGAAGUCCAAGCUAAAAAGCAUAAUUUUUACAUUGAAGAUGAUUACUUUGUGUGGAAACCCUGGGAGAAAAGAAUAAUGAGAUUUGGCAUGGCCAUGUUUGCUUUCCACAUGUUCAUGAAUUGGUUGGACCUUAAUUACUACGAGAAAAUUUUUGAUCGUCGAACGUGA